CGAGCGAGCAGUAACGAAUAACAAUUCUGUCUUCAGGUGGAUUUGGGAAGAAUGAAUCUCAUCACAGGGACCAUCAUCCAGGGCAGUGGUGAUGACUUUUGGGUUCGAUCCUACAAACUACGGUACAGCGCAGACCGGACAACUUGGACGACAUAUGCAGACAGCGAUGGCUUCAUAAAGGUUUUUAAAGGCAACACUGACCGGAAAACCCCUGUAACCAAUCUACUGGACUACCCCAUUUAUGCCCGUUAUGUGCGUUUCGUUGUUCAGUUGUGGCAGCAGCAUAUCGGCAUGAGGGUGGAGAUUCUAGGCUGCAGCAAAAAUGUUGGUGACUGCGAGCCAAACCCUUGUGCGAAUGGAGGAACAUGUCUGGACCGUGAGGGCGGCUUUGACUGUGCUUGCCCCCCUCCGUUUAACGGAAAGAACUGCAGCGUUGGUAUGUAA